CAGUUAUUUAAUCUGUGCUGUUCAUGUCAAAGCAAUAAAUUUAACCCACGUUUUCAUUAUAUUCAGUUUUUAUUAAAAUAAUUAAAUUUAAUCUACUCCUUUGCUAGAAAGGUUGUUUAUAUACUUUUGCUAUUAUGUCGAAUGAAACUGAAGAGCAAAUGGAUGCGAGCAGCAGUGAAAGUGAUGAUAAUGAUAUGGAUGAAGGAAAUGAAGAUAAUGCUGAAGAAGGACCUAAGACUUAUCUUCCUGGAAAUCCUUUGAAGGAAGACGAGCAGCUAGUCUGCGAUCAGUCGGCGUAUGUGAUGCUACAUCAAGCCCAAACCGGCGCGCCUUGCCUUAGCUUCGAUAUUAUAACAGAUAACCUGGGAAAUGAUCGAAAUGAGUAUCCAAUGACGGCCUAUUUGGUUGCUGGUACACAGGCUUCAAGCGCGCAUUUGAAUAAUUUACUAGUAAUAAAAAUGUCCAAUUUACAUCCAACUUCAAAAGGCGAAGAUGAUGAAGUAUCUGAAGAUGAUGAUGAUGAUGAUGAGGAGGAGGAAGAUGAGGAAAAGAAACCUCAAAUGACAUUUUCAUUUAUUAAACACCAGGGCUGUGUCAACAGAAUUAGAGCAACAAAUUUCAAGAAUUCAGUACUAGCUGCAAGUUGGUCAGAAUUAGGCAGAGUAGAUGUUUGGAAUAUCACACAACAAUUGCAAGCUGUAGAUGAUCCAGUGCUUUUAGAAAGAUAUAAUCUGGAUACUGUUACAAACCCUGUUAAACCUUUAUAUUCUUUCAAUGGUCACCAACAAGAAGGCUUUGGUAUUGAUUGGUGUCCAACAGAACCUGGUGUUUUAGCAACAGGAGAUUGCAGAAGGGAUAUACACAUUUGGAAACCCAAUCAAGCAGGCACAUGGGAUGUAGACCAAAGACCCCUUGUAGGCCAUACUAGUUCUGUUGAAGAUAUACAAUGGUCACCUAAUGAACGCAAUGUAUUAGCAACAUGUUCUGUGGAUAAAACAAUAAGGAUAUGGGACACACGAGCGGCGCCUCACAAAGCUUGCAUGCUGACAGCAAAUAAUGCACACGAGAGUGAUAUCAAUGUUAUAUCCUGGAAUAGUAAAGAACCAUUUAUAGCUAGUGGUGGUGAUGACGGCUUUCUUCACAUAUGGGAUUUGAGACAAUUUACUACAAGUACCCCAGUUGGCACUUUCAAACAUCAUACUGCGCCUGUAACAUCUAUUGAAUGGCACUGGACUGAACCUAGUGUGUUGGCUUCUGCUGGGGAGGACAACCAAGUCGCGCUCUGGGAUCUGGCCGUUGAACGUGAUGAUGAUGAGAUCAUUGAUGAAGAACUCAAGAAUCUUCCCCCUCAACUAUUAUUUAUUCAUCAAGGACAGAACGAUAUAAAAGAAUUGCACUGGCAUAAACAGAUACCAGGAGUGAUAGUAACUACUGCUCACACUGGAUUCAAUAUUUUCAAAACAAUUAGUGUAUAAAAUAAAAUAAUAUAUUAAA